AGUGUCACACUGACGCCAUGCCUCUACGCACUCAACUGUGGAGCGCUUUGACCUUGCGUGACCCCUCAACUCCCAGAAACACGGCUCUCAGUAGGAGCGUCCUGCAGGGUCACGUUGAGGGAAAUCUGGAGAGCCGUCUGUGGCCUGAGCUCCCUGAAAGCCCUAUGCCUCCACCACAGCUGAACUCAACAACUUUACCCCAAACUCUUACACCUUUGCAAGCCUGUAAACCCAGAAAAACUGAGAUCAAAGCAGCUGUGAAGCCAAAAGUGAAAGCCCCAGUGUUGGAUUUUUCCACUAUGAGUAAAGGCCCUCUGCAGCAGCAGCUCAGACAGAUGGCAGAGCUGCUCAUUUUGGCUUCAGGGAAAAUCACAGCUCCUUCCACACCAGCACCGGUUCAGCGUCACACUGCUGAGAUGGGCACCACUCCAGUGCAGCACCACAGUGCUGCCGUGUGGACCACACCAGUAAUGAGGGUUGAACGAAGCGUAAACACUUCAGCCCUGGUGGAAGUGGUGAAAGAGACUGAGGUGUCGGAUGCAUGCACUUCCACCGACUCCCUUCUGUGGAGUGUCAGCCCAAGCAGUCUGCAGUCUUUGUCCAGGCCAGAGUUGGAGCAGAAGUUAUUGUCCACCCUAAUCAUGGUGGAGGUUCUGUCCCAGCAACUUUCCUCUGCAAAAUCUCAUACAGGUGGGACCAGCCCUGCUCCGUCUGAGCUCAGAGACAGGCUUGUCCAGACUGAACACACACAGCUCAGCCAGAUGGGACCAUAUAAGGAGCUGUAUGUAAGUGCACUAGAGCGGAUCCACAUUCUGGAGGAAGACCAGGACACACUCCAAAGUUUAUAUCAUGCCAUGCAGCAGAUGAGGAACACUAUGACUACUGUUAAGACAGACAUGGAGGAGGCUCCGGGUCGUAUGAAGGAGAUUGAAAGCAUCGUUAAUGAAGAUCAGGAAAUUUUGUACAAGCAGAUGAGUGAGGUGAAGGCUCUGUAUGGCAGGUGUAUGGGCACUCUGAGGAAGAUGGAAGAGAAGUGUAGAGCCUGCCUGCAGGAAAGAGAUGGUAUGAGACGCAGCAUGGAGGAGACUUUACAGGAGAAAGAAACGGUCUUGCGGGUGUUGGAGCAGUUGCGUGCCCAUCACUCUGCACAAGUUUCUGAUCUUCAGUGCAGUCUUGGAUCCCAACAAGAACUCACUACUGCUCUCACACACACCUACCCUCAGCUGGUUGAACUGAACCAGUCGUAUGUGGAGUCCCUCUCUGCUGCCAGUGCCCUGCUAAGAGAGAAACUGGAUGAUCAUGAACGCUUAUCAGACGAGCUUCAUAAAGCUCGCUGGCUCCUUCAGAAGACAAACCCAGUUCUACAGAAGCUCCAGCAGAGGGCGUCAGCUGCUGUAGAGCAGAGCCAGCUGUUCCAGGAUGAGAGAGGCAUAGCUGUAGAGGAAAAAGCUCAGAUGGAGGUUGAACUGGAGCAAGCCCUUGCUGGCCUGCAAAACGCUGAGCAGCAGAUUGCGGACCUGAACACUCAGAUAACAAUCAUGAAUUCAGAAAUGACCGUUCUCCGUGAGCAGUUGAGUGAGGUCGAGGAAGAGCGUGCUCAGCUGCAGAGGAAAAGUACAGAGCUUUCAGCGACAGUCUCUUCUACACUAGCCUCCUACGCCUUCCUGGAGCAGGCUUUAGCCUCAGAGACCAACAAAUUGCAACGUUCCCUGCACGAAACCCAGGAAUCCAUAGACCGAGCUGACAGUCUGCAAGCUGCUCUAGAAGUGUCUCAGCGGAGGGUGGAGGAGCUGGAGGAGGUUUUAGCACAGAGGGACACCUUGCUGACUGAACUCCAUGAAGAGGCUGAAAAUCAGCGCUUGCAGCUCCGCCGACUGACUCAGAUACAGGCUGAACUCUCCAGUGCUCGAGAGAUGGGCGAGUUUCUGCAGGCAGAGAACGAGCUGACCCGGGAACAGCUGGCUGAGAGCGAGGGGUUGCUGCGCUCAAACCUGCAGGGUCUCCGGGAAAGAAACCUGGAGUGUGAGGACCUCAGACUAACCAUACAGCAGCUAUGUGUUGAGAGGAAUUCCCUGCAGGAGGAGCUGGACAGUACGCGUGAUAAAGCUCGUGUUAUGCUGCUGGAGCAGGGGGAGCAGCUGGCUCAGGCUACACUCGAUGUUUCCCUUCUACAGCACAGAAUGCGCUGUCUGACCAGCAGCACACACUCUGCUGCCACUGCCAAGAGCACUGAAACUCCUGGCCAGAAUGAACUGCAACAGCAGCUCCAGCCGCCCCGGCAGCCGUGCGGCUCUUUUGUCGGCUCAGUCAUGCUGGCCCUGACUGAAGAACCUGAGACUGAUGCAGCUCCUCCUGAUCCAGCAGCAGUGUGUCUUGCAGAGGAGGAGAGCACAAUGGAGGGAAUUGGCAGCAAAAGCAGUGCCUUUACCCGUUUACUCCCAACUGCACUUCAGCAUGCUGAUGAGAACAGUCAGAGUACUACGCUGGUGGAGCUGUUGGCUAGUCUUGGUGACAGCAUGUCGGAGCUCCAGUCGGCCAUCGAGCAGCUGAAACAGCACAAAGAUUCCGAACUAAACAGCCUGCAAAGCAACAGUUGUGGCCUGCAAGAGGCGCUGCAGGUAGAGUCUGACAGGCACAGGGUGGAGGAGGCGGAGCUAAGGCAGCAGGUGGACCGACUGAAGGCUCAGGCAGAGAAGGAUGCGCAGGUGCUGCAGCAGAAAACGCAGGAUGAGAAAGCUCUGAGGAAGCUUUGUAGUGAGUUGGAAGAGAACAUGGAGGCAGCGCAGAAACAGAGAGCAGAGAACAGUGAGCUGCGGCGGGAGGGGGCAGAGUUACGUCGGGCACUGCAGCAGUCUCAGGUGGAGGUGCAGGCUUUGAGGGCAGAGCUAACGCGAUUAAGUGACCAAUCAACAACCAGCACUAAGGAACUGGAUGACAGGAUUCGUCUACUCAAAGAGAUGGAAAAACUAAAGGCUAAACUCAUGGAAGUGGAAGAAUCUAGAGCUAAACUCCUUGAACGAGCCAAGAGACACCAAAUGGUACACGCCAUGAAUCAGAGUAAACUGGAGCGUGAGCUGCAUCUGUUGGAUGAUAUGAUCGAGACUGUUAGAAGGACUCUGUCUUCUGUUCCGGAGGUAGUAAAAAAUUGUCCUGAACUCCAGAAACUGGUUGAAUUCCUUGGAUGAGAGCAUCAUUUUGUUGCUGAAUGUUUUCAAAUUGCUACAUUCACUUUUUUAUAUGUAUUUGUUAAAAUGUCUUUAAAACUGUUGAUAUUUUCUUAAUUUUAACUGAACAACUUAGUGUGUAUAACACAUUUUUCUUGGUAAAAACUGUAUCUAAAAGGUUCAAAUAAAAAGUUUACAUAAUCGCCA